ACCGGCUUCUCAUUCAAACCAUGGCAGAAACAGAAUUCUAGUGAAGUGGAAGCCAAGCAACGAAUUCCAAGCUCUCUCCUCCCUUCAGAAUAUCUUUGUUAUACUCCUUAACCAAAUUCACUCCUCUCUACUUGUAACCACCCCCUCUGUCUCUCUCUCGGAGGCCGAAGCCCUCAUAAAAAGGAGCUUCUUCUUGUUGCCACCUUAAUUUGCCUCGCUGCUCUCUCUCUCUCGCUUUCCAUGGAUAGUGCUGAAAAGGGAGUAGUGAUUAUCAAGAGGGCAGAGAUUGAUACUCGAGCUCCUUUCCGAUCAGUUAGAGAGGCAGUUACUUUGUUCGGCGAGAAAGUUUUGGCUGGCGAGCUCUAUUCUAACAAGCUCAAAGAGAUUGGAGCCAUGGAAAAUGGGCAAGGAUCUUCCAAGCUUGAAACAGUGACAGCAGAGCUAGAAGAGACAAAGCAGAGCCUUCAAAAAGCUAAAGAAGAAAGUACAGUAAUGGCUGAUUGUCUUUCUUCUCUUAAAGAAGAGCUUGAAAGAACAAAACGAGAGCUUCAACAAUUGAAACUACGUGAAAUUGAAGAUGUGAAAGUUGUUGAAGAUUCAACAAAAUUUGAACUCAAAAUGCAAUCUACAAAAGAAGAAGAAGAAGAAGAAGAAGAAAGGAUUGAAUUUCAAAAGAAGAGAUAUGUAACUUUUGCAAAUCCUCCAUCUCUAGCUCAAGUCAAGAUUCCACAAGGACUUGAAGCACUUGAAAGACACCCUUCUCUUAGAAAGAAGAAGAAGAAGCCAUUGAUCCCUCUAAUUGGUGGGAUUUUCUCUAAGAAGAAAUCAAAUCAAAAACUCAAUUCCCCAUGAAAAUUCUAUCACAUCUUUCAAGUUUUAACAGCAAUAAUCUAUGAAUGAGACGUCCAGCUUCCAAAUUUUUAUAGUUUCUUUUUGCCAGUUUUUCCUUGUGUGAUUCUACCUAAAUUGGGCCUUGGAUAUGAAGAUAUUGUAAUGGGGUAUAGUUGCACUAUGAGAAAACUAUGUAAUAAGAAGUGUUAAUAAUAAUUUUGGUUCCUUAUUCAACUCUCAUGGGCCUCCAGUAUCUUGUCUUCUAGACUUUGAAAAGCUUACCAAUUUGCGGCACUGCAAUUCUAACAGUGAGGACAUGGCCCAAGUGUUGCCUAAGGUUAAAGGAGUGUCAUAUUCAAAUCCAAAUAAUUAAAAUUUUGAUUCUUUUAGUUUAA